AUGGCAUCGAGCGGACGGACGCAGAUAUCCAAACUCACACCUGCACCAGCGCGACUCGCGCAGCGCCCUCUUCGACGGCUACACCGGCGGCGGCAGCGACGCCUCGCGGCGGUCGACGGCGAGCCCCCUCGGCGGGUACGGCUACGGCCUUCCCUCGAACUCCGGGUCGUCGUCGCAGGGCCACCUGGGCGUGCAGCAGAACGGGGGAUACAGGCCGGCGACGCCGAACAGGAAGUAAGCCAAGUCCUCCCUUCUUGGAGACGGUGGUGGGGGGGAAGGGGAAGGAAUGGAAGAGAAGGGGCGGGGGAGGGGGGCGGUCAAGAGGGAACUGGAGGUGCUGACGAUGCGGCGCGCCGCGCGACGUGGUAUAGGGGCCAGUACAGCGAUGCGGUGCUCAACGAGCUCGAGAGCCAGAACGACCAGCACGUGGAGGGCAUCCUGGGCAAGGUGCGGGUGCUCAAGGACAUGACGGUGGCCAUCGGCGACGAGAUCAGGGAGUCUUCGGCGCUGGCGGAGAAGAUGAACGACCAGUUCGACAAGACGCGCCUGCGCCUGCGCGGCACCAUGAACCGCAUGCUCGUCAUGGCCGAGCGCACCGGCGUCAGCUGGAAGGUCUGGCUCGGCUUCUUCGCCGCCGUCUGCCUGCUCUUCACGUACGUGUGGCUCUUUUAA